GACCCGGAAGUAGAUUUUCUCCACGUUAGUCGAGCGGAAUCGUUGCUGAUACGAAGGCACUGGUGACAAAAGAAAUUCGGUAAAAAAUUAAGAAGAGUGGUUUUAUAAAACAGCAGUCAUGAGUCUGUUAACAAAGCCCAAGUCAGAGAUGACCCCUGAAGAGCUCCAGAAACGAGAGGAGGAGGAGUUCAACACCGGCCCCCUGUCGGUGCUCACACAGUCAGUCAAGAACAACACCCAGGUCCUCAUCAACUGUCGCAACAAUAAGAAGCUGCUUGGAAGAGUCAAAGCUUUUGACAGGCAUUGCAACAUGGUCUUGGAGAACGUGAAGGAGAUGUGGACAGAAGUUCCUAAAAGUGGGAAGGGGAAGAAGAAGUCAAAGCCCGUGAAUAAAGACCGCUACAUUUCUAAAAUGUUCCUCAGGGGGGAUUCCGUCAUCGUUGUGUUAAGAAAUCCUUUGAUCACAGGAAAAUGAACUCUUUAAAGGUGCUCAGCUGAAAGUUUUGAAGGCAGUGGAUUUUCGUUUGUCAACUUUUUGUUGAGACAGCGAAAGUGUCAAAAGGAUGAGUUAACAAUGCAAGACACUGCGGUGGCUGAUUUUUGCUCUGUCUCUUUUUCAUUUUAAUAAUAAAAGUCAUGAAUAGAUUAAAAAGUUGUGCAGGUA